UCAAACCUACGUUGAUAUUGGAUUCAGUUUGUUCUUGAUAAUUAUAUCAUAUAGGCUACUUCUGGUAUAUGUCGCAAACUGGAAAACCGUAAAGAAUAAUUGUCACAAUCAUAUUCGGAGAGUCUCUAGCAUGCACGUGGACAAACAGAUCUGAGUAGAACAAACAACAACAACGACAACAACAACAUCAGCAAUGGCAGGUGGAAUCAGAGAUGGAAAAGGCAGAAUUCUUAAAAACACUGAUCCACUGUUUACCGAACUUGCUGAAAACUAUCCACACAACAAUUACACAUCAUUCUGCAAUGAGUUUGGUGUCAGCUUCAACUCAGCUCAGCAAAUAAGAAAUGAAAACAUGGGAAAUCAAACGGCAGCCUUGAAACAAGUACUCAAUAAAUGGUUAAGCAAGGGAGAAGAUGUGACCAGAGAAAAGCUUGAAACGGCUCUCACAAACGCACAAACAGGUGGACUCGCAAGCAUCGUCAAGAAGAACUUUGCAAAAUAUGCUGUAGAGGAAGAAUCAGCUGAAGGAGAUGAAAGUGAUGUCCAGGCUAACAACCAAGCCACAGCAUCCAGUGCUGGACAAAACAUGACUCUGACAGGCAAAACUAUCAAUGUGACUAAUAACUUUGGCACUGGAAAUAGUGAAGAUAGGAUGCGAAGAACCGAUGAACCUGAAGCCGGACCUUCUCAGAAGAAGAAGGCAAAUGAAAAGACAACCUCUUCCAGCGCCAUGCCUAUGACCAAACAACAUCGACAAAUUUUCGAGAAGAGUGCUCCUUACCUCCUGGACGAUCUAGAUACUGACGAUGUACUACCACUCCUGUUAAGGGAUGAAGUAAUCACAGCGGCUGAUGCCGAAAAAGUAAACAAAAAAUCAACCAGGAAGGAGAAAGUCGAUGCCCUCUUAGAUAUCUUACCAAGACGAGGAGAUACAGCCUAUGCAUCCUUCCUGGACAGCCUGAAGGAGACCCCAGGUUCGGUCCAUCUCUAUGAGUCGAUGAAGAAAUGUGAAGAGGCGUUUCAAGAGCAAGACGUGCCUACUAGUCAAGGUGCAGAGCAUUUGCCAAGUUCUGAUCAGCCUUCACGUGGUGGAAACACUCAAUCGGGUUCCAUAACGUUCAAUGCAUCUGGAAGUGCGACCAUCCAGAAUAAUACGGUUACUGGGCAGAUUAACAACAUUACUCAUAAUUAGGAAAAUGGUAUAGCAGCCGACUAAAAUAAACAUACAUUUCAAAAAAAUACUAUUGUAACUGAUACCAAAUGUUUAAAGCCAACCAUGUUUCACACCUGCUAUAUAUUACACGGGGAACAUUAUUGUUUUCUUCAAAAUUGUAACUUUCGUACUUAAAAGGGCUGUAGCAUGACGAGACUACGUGUCUUUCCCGUGGCCUGACUCAUACUCAUUAAUUGGAGCACUGAAUGAUUUUAUUUAGAAUUAGAGUAAUGUUACUGUUAGAGCAUGCAGGCUUGAGAUCGUGUUUGAAAUAAAGAAAAUGUGAAUAGUGA